CCCCACUACAUAUAACAGUCUUUUGCAUUUAUUACUGACACCAACUUACUGGUUUUCAUUCCUGAGUUUCUCGUGAAAACUUCAUCUAGUGCUUUCAUGUUUGUUCUGUCUUAGACUUAUUGGUUUUUACCAAGUUUUGUCUAUAGUCUUCAAUGGAGAAAAUGGAGCUCGCUAGUGCUAGUAAUGAGGUCUUGGAGCAAAACCCACGUCCCAAUAAUGACCAACCAGCAAGAAAUAAAACCAGCAGCGGCAGCAGCACUGUUUCACUAUUUGGCUUGUUUAGUGGUGCUGAUAGAGUAGACUAUGCUUUGAUGUUUUUUGGAAGUGUUGGUGCCUGCGUCCAUGGGGCUGCUCUUCCUGUUUUCUUUGUUUUGUUUGGUCGUAUGAUUGAUGCUUUGGGACAUUUUUCUAUGAAUUCUCUAAGUUUAUCUUCCCAUGUUUCAGAGAAUGCUUUGAACUUGGUAUAUCUUGGACUGAUCGUAAUGGCCUCGGCAUGGAUAGGUGUGGCUUUCUGGAUGCAGACUGGGGAAAGGCAAACAGCUCGAUUACGUGUGAAGUAUCUUGAGUCGAUUUUGAAGAAGGAUAUUGGUUUUUUUGACACUGAAGCCAGAGAUGCCAACAUCAUCUUUCACAUAUCAAGUGACGCAGUUCUAGUUCAAGAUGCAAUAGGAGACAAGGUACUUAGUUUGAUCACAACAAAGCCAACAGCUUUAUCCUUAUGUAUUGUUAUUAAACUAUAUAUGGAAGAAAAGGGUACUAAAAUUAAGUUGUUCUGUGCUGGUUUUGGUACCUUUAUGCAGACUGGCCAUGCUUUGCGUUACCUUUCUCAGUUCAUUGUUGGGUUCGGCAUUGGAUUUACAUCGGUUUGGAGGCUUACUCUCGUAACCCUGGCUGUUGUACCAUUGAUUGCCAUGGCAGGGGUAGCUUAUACAUUAAUCAUGUCUACAUUAUCAGGAAAAGGUGAGAAAGCUUAUGCUGAAGCUGGAAAACUUGCGGAAGAGGUUAUUUCGCAAGUUCGAACAGUGUACUCAUUUGCAGGUGAAGAUAGAGCAGUUGAAGCUUAUUCAAUGUCACUAAGUAAGGCUCUCAAGUUAGGUAAGAAGAGUGGUUUUGUGAAAGGAAUUGGUGUAGGCUUUACAUAUGGUCUGUUGUUUUGUGCCUGGGCGUUGCUUCUCUGGUAUGCUGGCUUACUUGUCAGACAUGGAGAAACAAAUGGAGGAAAAGCAUUCACAACAAUCAUUAAUGUCAUCUUUAGUGGAUUUGCUCUUGGCCAAGCAGCGCCAAAUCUAGCUGCCAUCGCUAAAGGACGAGCUGCUGCUGACAAUAUCUUCAGCAUGAUUAGAACAAAUAUUAACUCUCCAGGUAAGUCAGAUAAUGGAAUAGUGCUUCCAACAGUAUCUGGGAAUAUUAAAUUCUGCGAGGUCAGUUUCGCUUAUCCAUCAAGAUCAGACAUGGUUUUUGAAAAGCUCAGCUUCGAAAUCAGUUCUGGCAAGACCUUUGCAGUUGUUGGUCCGAGUGGUUCAGGAAAAAGCACUAUUAUUUCCAUGAUUCAACGUUUCUAUGAACCCACUUCAGGAAAAAUACUGCUGGAUGAGCAUGAUCUUAAAACUCUUCAGUUAAAAUGGUUGAGAGAACAGAUGGGAUUGGUUAGUCAAGAACCAGCACUGUUUGCCACUACCAUAGCUGGAAAUAUUAUGUUUGGUAAAGAUGAUGCAGAUUUGAAUCAGAUUAUGGAAGCUGGUAAAGCUGCAAAUGCUCACUCUUUUAUUGAAGGACUACCAGAUGGUUACUAUACUCAGGUGGGAGAAGGAGGAACUCGGCUUUCAGGGGGGCAAAAACAGAGAAUUGCUAUUGCCAGAGCAGUGUUGAGAAACCCAAAAAUACUACUCCUAGAUGAGGCCACUAGUGCUCUUGAUGCAGAAUCUGAAUUAAGUGUUCAGCAGGCACUAGACAAGAUCAAGUCUGAUCGAACAACAAUCAUUGUCGCACAUCGCUUAUCGACCAUCAGAGAUGUAGAUACAAUCAUUGUCUUGAAGAAUGGUGAGGUUGUUGAAAGCGGAAGUCACUCAAAAUUAAUAUCCAAGAAUGGAGUGUAUGCAACUCUGGUAAGCUUGCAGGUUUCAGAACAAGCAGUAAUUUCCAGUGAUUUUCCUCCCUCUCAAAGUUCAAGAAAUUCUAGCUUUCAAGAAGUCUUUGAAAACCAGCAACACCAAGAGGGGUUGAACCCAAUUACAAGAAAGGAUCUGAAACCAAGUGAUCAUAAAAAUAUGUCAUCUCCAACCAUUGCUCCAACUUCAUCAAUAUGGGAGUUAGUAAGACUAAAUGCACCAGAAUGGCCCUACGCAAUACUUGGUUCAGUGGGAGCAAUUCUUGCAGGAAUGGAAGCUCCUCUUUUUGCUCUUGGAAUCACCCAUGUCUUGUCUGCAUUUUAUUCACAAGACGAUUCUAGAAUCAAACAAGAGAUUCAACGAGUGGCUCUCAUUUUUGUUGGACUGGCUGCAAUCACCAUUCCAGUAUAUCUCUUCCAACACUACUUCUUUACAUUAAUGGGAGAGCGGCUCACUUCUCGUGUUCGCCUUCUUAUGUUCUCAGCUAUUCUUUCCAAUGAAGUUAGUUGGUUUGAUUUGGAGGAAAACAACACUGGCUCACUCACUUCCAUUUUAGCAGCAGAUGCAACAUUAGUACGAAGUGCUCUCGCAGAUCGUUUGUCAACCAUUGUGCAAAACAUAGCACUGACUGUCACUGCCUUUGUCAUUGCCUUCAUUCUAAGUUGGCGUAUAGCUGCUGUUGUCAUUGCCUCUCUCCCCUUACUUAUCGGAGCUUCCAUAGCCGAUCAACUUUUUCUCAAGGGUUUUGGAGGAGACUACAACUGUGCCUACUCAAAGGCAACCUCUUUGGCCCAUGAAGCAAUAACCAAUAUACGCACUGUUGCUGCAUUUGGUGCUGAAGACAGAAUCUCAGCUCAAUUUGCCUCUGAACUAAACAAACCAAGCAAGCAAACAUUUUUACGUGGCCAUAUUUCAGGUUUUGGCUAUGGUCUAUCUCAGCUUUUUGCAUUCUGUUCCUAUGCUCUUGGGCUUUGGUAUGGAUCAGUUUUAAUCAAGAAUAAGGAAUCAAACUUCGGGGAUAUCAUGAAGUCUUUCAUGGUUCUGAUCAUCACAGCCUUGGCAAUAGCAGAAACUCUAGCUCUAGCACCAGACAUCAUCAGGGGGUCCCAAGCACUCAAAUCAGUUUUUCGCAUUCUCCAAAGAAAAUCAGUCAUAAACCCGAACAACCCCGAAUCAAUCAUGGUCACAGAUAUCAAAGGAGAUAUAGAAUUGAGGAACGUGAGUUUUAGGUACCCUGCAAGGCCUGAUAUAGUCAUUUUCGACAACUUGAAUUUAGAGGUGUCUGCAGGUAAGAGUCUUGCAGUGGUUGGACCAAGUGGGUCUGGGAAGAGUACAGUAAUCGGACUAGUGAUGAGGUUCUACGAUCCUAAUAUGGGAGCGGUUUUGAUUGAUGGGUACAACAUUAAAUGCUUAAACUUGAGAUCAUUAAGGAAGAAGAUAGGCCUGGUUCAGCAAGAGCCGGCUCUAUUCGCCACCACAAUAUAUAACAACAUCAAAUAUGGGAAGGAAGAGGCCUCAGAGAUUGAAAUAAUGAAGGCUGCAAGAGCAGCCAAUGCUCAUAGUUUCAUAAGCAGAAUGCCAGAAGGUUACCAAACUCAAGUUGGUGACAGAGGAGUUCAGCUAUCAGGGGGGCAAAAGCAGAGGGUGGCCAUAGCCAGAGCCAUACUGAAAAACCCCUCAAUACUUCUCUUGGAUGAAGCAACAAGUGCAUUGGAUGCAUCAGCUGAGAAACUAGUUCAAGAGGCCCUUGAGACACUGAUGCAAGGCCGAACUACAAUCUUGGUAGCUCACAGGUUAUCAACGAUUCAAGACGCCGAUGACAUUGCUGUUCUGCAGAAUGGUAUGGUUGUCGAAUUUGGCAACCGUGAGCAGCUCAUUGCCAAACCCCAUGGAAUUUACAGACAACUGGUUAGUUUGCAAAAAGAGAAUUACAGAACCGCUGCAUAAUAAUAUUAGACAAAGUAAUGCUAUUGAUCAAUCCUUAGAAAACUUGCAUAUUAUUUUGUGUUGGGGGAGAUAGUCCUUGAUGAUGAAAUGUCAUAUAGCUAUGUUUUUUGUGAAUUUUAUGUAGUCAAGUAAUUUUCUCAAGGGAAUAUGGAAAUUAUAAACAUAGAAACCGACUUCAUCUUUUAAUAAUACGACUGUUGAUAAUA